UUAAAGAAAUACAAAUUCAGUCUUCCUCCACAAUACUCUGGGUUGGACAAAAUCAUUAAAUCAUUUCAAGUAGGUAUGAUUCUGUAUCUUGAAACACCACAUCCUCAGCUUAUCAUGCUUGAGAAUAGAAAAACUAUGAUAUAUGGAAAGACAAAACACUCCCUUUUUUAUAAAUCAAGGAGAUUUUAUCCCACCCUGCUGGCCCAGGCUCUAAGAAAUUUAAUUCUGGCAGGCAUUGCCGAUAGCAAAGUUCCUGUUUCUAUUACUAAUGAUAGGUCUCUUCUUUAUAUCUUUAAUGAUUAUUUUACAGAAGCCCUUUUGCCUUACUUCUAUACUGAAACAGAUUCUGAAGCUCUUAAAGGCUCUUUAGCAACAGAUUAUAAAUGA